GCUCCGCCCUGCCUCGCGCGCCAUUACCAGUUCUGCCCUAGCUCCGCCUUCCUCGCCGUUUCCGGAGCAGCCCGCUGGCAAUGGUGGGUGGGGCUGACUGCACACGUGGUGCGCGUACGCGUCUUAAACUCUAGGGUCCCCGCAGGGAGCGUGUUGGCCUUGGCCUUGUCUUCUUCUGCUACUCGCCCAGCUUCUCCGGGCCCUUAAUAGAGCGCGCGCGCCACCCGCCCCAAGAACUCUUAGACCGCCGCUUCCUCCAGCAUGGCUUCCCACCAGCUCGCCUUGCUUAGUGUCUCUGACAAAACAGGACUGUUGGACUUUGCCAAAAAUCUGAAUUUGGUUGGUUUGACACUAGUUGCUUCUGGAGGGACUGCAAAAGCUCUAAGAGAUGCUGGUCUCACAGUCAGAGAUGUUUCUGAACUGACAGGAUUCCCAGAAAUGUUAGGAGGACGUGUGAAAACACUGCAUCCUGCAGUACAUGCUGGAAUCUUGGCACGCAAAUCUCCAGAAGAUCAAGCUGACAUGGCCAGACUUGAUUUCAGUCUUAUAAGAAUUGUUGUUUGUAAUCUGUAUCCCUUUGUGAAAACUGUGGCUUCUCCAAAUGUAACUGUUGAGGAAGCUGUUGAACAAAUUGAUAUUGGUGGAGUAACUUUACUCAGAGCUGCUGCAAAAAAUCAUGCUCGAGUGACAGUAGUAUGUGAACCAGGAGAUUAUGAAGUGGUAUAUACUGAGAUGCUAAACUCUGAUACUAAAGAUACUACUAUGGAGACUAGACGGCAACUAGCAUUAAAGGCCUUUACUCAUACUGCUCAGUAUGAUCAAGCAAUAUCAGAUUAUUUCAGAAAGGAAUAUAGUAAAGGAAUAUCUCAGAUUCCUUUAAGAUAUGGAAUGAACCCGCACCAAAAACCUGCACAGUUAUAUACAGUGAAGCCCAAACUUCCUCUUACAGUUCUGAAUGGAUCCCCUGGGUUUAUAAACCUGUGUGAUGCCUUGAAUGCCUGGCAACUGGUAAAAGAACUCAGAGAAGCUUUAGGUAUUUCAGCAGCUACCUCAUUCAAGCAUGUCAGUCCAGCAGGUGCUGCUGUUGGAGUACCACUUAGUGAGGAAGAGGCUAAAGUUUGCAUGGUUCAUGAUCUCUACAAGAGCCUAACUCCAUUGUCAAUUGCAUAUGCAAGAGCAAGAGGAGCUGAUAGAAUGUCAUCAUUUGGUGAUUUUAUUGCUGUUUCUGAUGUUUGUGAUGUCACUACUGCUAAAAUUAUCUCCAGAGAGGUAUCUGAUGGUAUUAUUGCACCUGGAUAUGAAGAGGAAGCCUUGAAGAUUCUUUCCAAAAAGAAAAAUGGAAGUUACUGUGUACUUCAGAUGGACCCAUGUUACAAACCAGAAGAAGAUGAAAUUCGUACUCUCUUUGGAUUACAUCUAAGUCAGAAGAGGAAUAAUGGUGUUAUUGACAAGUCAUUAUUUAACAAUAUUGUUACAAAGCAUAAAGAUUUGCCUGAGCCUGCUAUCAGAGACCUCAUCGUAGCUACUAUUGCUGUCAAAUACACUCAGUCCAAUUCAGUGUGCUAUGCCAAGAAUGGUCAGGUCAUUGGUAUUGGAGCAGGUCAGCAAUCCCGAAUACACUGUACACGGCUUGCAGGAGAUAAGGCAAAUAAUUGGUGGCUUAGACAUCAUCCUCGAGUGCUUUCAAUGAAAUUUAAAGCUGGAGUAAAGAGAGCAGAAAUCUCUAAUGCAAUUGAUCAGUAUGUGACUGGCACGAUUGGUGAGGAUGAAGAUUUGGCCAAAUGGGAAGCAAUGUUUGAGGAAGUUCCUAAACUGUUAACUGAUACAGAAAAGAAGGAAUGGAUUGAUACAUUGAAACAAGUGUCUGUCAGUUCUGAUGCGUUUUUCCCUUUUAGGGAUAAUGUAGACAGAGCUAAGAGGAGUGGUGUAGAGUUCAUUGUGGCCCCCUCAGGUUCAACUGCUGACCAGAUUGUGAUUGAGGCUUGUGAUGAGCUUGGAAUUACACUCAUUCAUACAAAUCUUCGACUAUUUCAUCACUGAUUCUGAUUAAUGGAGUAUUUACAAAAAUAUAUUGCAAUAAUUGUGGAUAAUCGUGAUAAAGUGUAUGAAAAAUUCUAAUGGAUGUCUUGUAAAAACAAAUUUUAAUGCUUUAUCAUUCUCUGGAUUUUGAAACUUUUGAAAAAUUAUAUUAGAAAACUAUCAGAAAUCUAAAUCAUGAAAGUUUACAUAAUUUCAUCAUUGAGGAUUAAACAGCUACUGUAUAGGAUCUUCUCUAAUAUACAUCUUUAUGUAAAUGUUUAAAGGAAAAAUGGACCUUUUCAGUCUAUGUUUCAGCCUCAGGUUGGUCCUCCCUUCUAAUAGUUUUCUCUUCACAUGGAUCCUCUUGGGCUAACCUUUGAGCCUUUUGCCUAGAUUUUGUGCUGAAAUGCCUACAAAUAGGUGAUGAUAUUUCUGUUGUUUUUUACCUUAAAUUUUUUACUGCUUUAUAUCUGCAUAAAUUAAGUUUGCUUAAAGUGGACCUAAAGUGUAGAGGCAAAAAUACAACAACCUUGAAAUCUUUUAGUUUUCUGUGUUUCUUUAUAAAUGUAGACCUUUUGAUUUCAUUGAAAACUCCUGGGCUGUUGGAUGGCUCAGUGGAUGGUGAACCAGAUAGAAGAUCCUGGUUUCAAAUUUGUUCAAAUUUGAUCUGAGAUACUUCUCAGCUGUGUGGCCCUGGGUAAGUCAUUUAACCUUGAUUGCCUAAUCCUUACCACUCUUCUGCCACGGAAACAAGAAAGUAAGGGUUUAAAAAAAACAACUCCCAUUGAAAGUUGGUGAGAAAAUUCUUCCAGGACAAAUUAACCUGUCACCUAAGAGUAUUAGAAACAUUUCUGAGGUACUAAAAAGAUAAGAUUCUUGAUUGGGGUCACAUACCAAUAUGUUAAAAGUGAGAUGUAAACCAUUGUCUUAAUGACUCCUCAGGCCCCUCUCACCAUCUGCUAUUCCAGGUUGCAUUUAAUAAAUGCUUCCUCAUGAUUUAUACUUAAGAAAUUUUAAACUUUGUUGGUGCGAAGAAAAGCCUCAGGUUCUACUCAUGUAGAUGGCAUCUUUUUUUCCAAUGAACUCAGCUCAAGUGUGCCUUAGGUUGAGCUAUCUCAGUUCUCUAAACAUCCUCACAGGCAAGUAUAUAGCAGCCUCAUUUAGUCUAUGUCAGUAAUAUUGCCAAUUUUCACACAUUAACACAUUGAUUUGCAUACCACAUCCAUAUUUAAGUAAAACAUUCUUUGGAAUGAACAUUGCAGCAAGAAUUGUGACCUAGCCUAAUGGAGAAGAAAUUAGACCUCAGUGGUCUCUAAAUCAUUUCUAUUUUGGGUUUUGUGAAUGGAGUUUUAGCAUGUUUUUUUUUCUUUUUUUUGCAUUUUAAAAUCUUGCUGUUUAAAAUUCUCUUAUUCCUACAGUUCCUUUCAGUUUUUUAUGUGAUUUGUGAACUUUGAAUUAAAUGUCCAUGUUACUCAA